AUGCAUCGUCCAGUGGUCACCCGUAUAGCUCAGCAUGGAGGUGCAGCGCUUGCUGAGCUCCCUCCACCUUACCUUGCCCCCUCCCUCCAUUUCUCGAGGAGUCGGGCUCCCGUGCAAACCUCCAGCUUCUCUACGACCGCCGCUGUCGCUGCUCGUCGUGGACGGGACAUGAACAGGACCCGCGGUGUGUCCGCAAUUCACCGCACUGGGCCGCGCUUCAACCUGAGUGCCUCCAAAUAUCCUCUGCCCAAGCCUGUCUCGCGGGACCAGAUGAAAGCCCGCCCUUCCACCCCGAACCAUGGCCUCUGGGGGUUCUUCCCUCCCACGCAUGAGGCACUGAGCACCACCGAGUACGAUGCUGCCUUUGGGCGACCAUGGUCGGUCCAAGAGCUGCGCAACAAAAGCUGGGAGGAUCUUCACAAGUUGUGGUGGGUUUGCGUGAAGGAACGCAAUCGCAUUGCCACCUCAAAUCUGGAGCGAUCACGGUUGAAGGCUGGAUUCGGUGACCACGAAGCCAAUCAGCGUGACGACGCGAUCGUCGUUACUCAAAAGACCAUCAAGCACGUUCUCCGCGAGCGCUUCUAUGCCUGGGAGGAUGCCAACCGUCUUUACGCAAAAGGAUAUCGCCCUCAAGACCAGGACACGAUGGAAGAGACUCCUCUGGAAGAGCUGGCACCUGCGGAAGACCCUUUCAAAGAAGGUGCUGUGAAGGAGACCAAGCUGUGA